AUGUCACUCAAAUCCGCGUAUGACGAGGUCUUUAAACGCCACAAAAAAUCAAAAAACAAAAAAACAAGAAUUCUUACCUCAUUUUUCGGCCUUUUAUAUGGAGCUUUAUUGACCAUCGCCCUUUACUAUCUCUUCACGACGCAAUUUGACGUGCAUCCGCAUUCCGCAAAAUGGAUCUUUAGCAUCUUGGGAGUUCCCUUGUCGAUUGGUUGUAGCACAAGUCGCGAUUUGAGAUGCACAAUUUUGCUGUUUUUGCCGCAUUUUUUCAGUAAAAGAGGACGAACAGCACUGCUGGCGUGGGUUUUUGCCAUGAGUUUGACCGGGCCAACGCGGAAUAUCGUCAUGAACAUGGAAGUUUUGGGACAUUCGCUGAAUUGUGCGGAAGAUGAGCUGAAAGAGGCGUUGAAUGCGGUGCUUGUGAUUGUGAAGGAGCCGAUUUUAGCGAUAAAAGAGGCGAUUAGGAAUGUGUUGCAUGAGAUACGGAAGGUAAUUAGGAGAGUUAAGGAAGCUGUGAUGAGAAUUGUGAGGGUUUUGUAUUCAAUAAUUAAUUCUAUUAAAAAAGCGUUCAAGUGGCUUCAUGAUGCGGUGAAUAUUUGUAACAAUAGUAUUGGAACUCCAUUCCAGCGAUGUGAAAAGGUUUUUGAGGAGGCUUUUGAAAGUUGUUUAAAUUCAUCCGUUGCUGUUACCUGGAUGUGCGGAACAAUGGAUAACGCAAAGUACGUUUGCCAUGGCAUCAAAUUCAUGGACCACGUGUGCGAAUUUCUCCUUUUCAUGAAAGAAAAUAUCAUCAACAAACUCACUGACGACAUUCAGGAGUACAUUGAAUCCAUCACGAAGAUUUUCAAGGUUUCUGUUACGAUUGAUCAUCAAUAUUCAUUUAAAACGAAGGCUUCUAAGAAGUAUAAAACAGUUUUAAAGGACAUUUUACAAGAAAUGGAUAAAAAAGCUGAUGAGGUUAUGAGCUGUUUUCGAAUUUCAGUAACGAUUGGACUUGUUUUCUUCAUUUGGAUGUUUUUCAAAGUUCAACGAUAUCGCAAAAAAUAUUUAAAAGAUGAUAGAUUUGAUAAUUUUUACAUAACUCAUCAUGUGAAAAUGAUCGAUAAGCAUUUCAAGACUUUUUCAAAAAAGACUUUGUUACCGUUGAAGGUUCGAGAACGCUCAAAAUACAUCACGCUCCUUUCCUGUCGCAUCGCCAAAUCCGAGUGUCAUAAACUUUUACGAGCAUUCACGAUGCUAUCUUUAAGUACUUUACAGAUACUUGCAACUUUACUUAUCGAUCACUCCCUCUACUGGUUACUGUCAAAAGUGCGUUUUUACGGUAGAAAAAUCGAUCUUGACCCUUCAAAUGAGCCUCAAGAUUUAAUAAAAUUCCAAGUCAAAGGCGAGGGGAUCUUAGCUGACAUGUGCGAAGGCAUUGCCAACUCCUUCAAGGCAUUAACUCGCGUUUCAAUCGACACUGUGCCAUGUCUUCCUGAUGCAACGACACCUAAUUACGCGUUAUACGAGAAAAUUCUCACAAUUCUCGGUGUCAUUUGGAUUUUUUUGUUGCUUGAACCGUAUGGAUUGCGAAUUAGACACAAAAUUUUGGAGUAUUAUUACCCGAGAAGAGCUGAAGAACGAGCGAUAUGGCUUUACAAUCACAUAAUUGGACAAAGAAAAUUGUUUGUGACUCUUGCACGAAGAAAAGCGCGCGAAAAGUUUCUCAAAGAUGAAGCCGGAGCUGAAAAUUAUUAUUGUUGGUUCACGAAAAUGUGGAAAAGGCUUAAGAUAAAGUUCGCUUUCGUCAAGUUUCAGUGCAGUUUGUGUCAAGAAACUUUUACAAAGCGAAUCAUGCUCCGUGACUGCAUCCAAAUCGGCUGUAAAGGACGUUAUUGCUUCCGAUGUUACGAUGCCUUGGAAAAAACAUGCCCCCUUUGCAUGGAUCCUCUUUCGUAUGGCGACAUGAGCGAUUAUUCCGAGGAAUGGGGCUCCACAGACGACGAAGACUUCCACGUUUCGCGUUAUCUGAAGAAUCAAAUAAAGUAG